AUGCAGAAAUUUCUAUUCAUCUUCAUUUUCGCGUCAUUGGCGCGCCAGGUGGAACCACAAUUGAGUGCCUAUGCAAACUGGAAACCAGAAAGGAUGAGAUAUUGUGAGACUAUUAGAAACACCGAUCUAGUUAAUCAGCCCACGGCAGGAGGGUAUACCUGUGGAUCAUCGUCGUGGAAUGUUAUGAGUUCUUUUUACGACCUGGAAAUCACCUCCACCACUUCACUUGGACUAAUUAAUGUCGGUUGGCUUACUUCAGAAGCACUUCGUGAUCAAGCCGGAUUCUGGAAAACUUGCAAGCCGUAUCUGAUUCGGAUCUUCGAUGGUUAUUUCACCGAUACUAGAAAAGCCUGCAAUCUCCUUGUGAAUCCCCCGAAAGGUUUUCCGAACUGUACCCAGGACAUGUCGUAUUUUAAGUACCGUAGUGGAAGUGGUUACUGUAUGAGUUCGAAAGUCUGUGGCGCGAAUAUCCCAAUCACUUUCUACUCAAAUGCUGAUCAGACUUCUCUCAUCUACUCCUGGACUCCAUCUGAUGCUGCUACUCUUCUCAACGUUGGGUACACCCCGGUCGGAACUUGUUAUGGAUAUGAUAGAUUUCCUAAUCCGAACAAAAAUGCGACUAAAAUGACCGAAGCCGAUAAAGAAUCUGUUUUUUGA